AUGAAGUUCUUUCCAUCCGUUCUUUUGGCCGCGUCGGCUUACGUUCAGAGCGCUUUGGCUCUACCAGCAAAUAUUACUGAUGUGCAGGACCUUGAUGAACGAUCCGCGGGUCUUGUCGAGCGCACGGCAAGCUCGACGGGCACCAACAAUGGGUACUACUACUCUUUCUGGACAGACCAUCCCAACUCGGUGACCUACACCAUGGGAAGUGGUAGCAGAUACGACGUUUCAUGGUCCGGAGACGGCAACUUUGUUGGCGGAAAGGGCUGGAACCCAGGCUCUGGAAGGACUAUCAACUAUGGAGGAUCGUACUCGCCCAACGGCAAUAGCUACCUUGCUAUGUACGGUUGGACAAAGAACCCCUUGGUUGAGUACUAUGUUGUUGAGUCAUACGGCACCUGUAAGCAUUUCGAAUGGCAUUUAGGCACAUGCGGCACGCUGAUGGGUACCGUCACAAGCGACGGCGGUACUUACAACAUCUACAAGUCCAUGCGUUACAAUGCUCCCUCCAUUGAAGGAACCAAGACCUUCCCGCAGUACUGGUCUGUCCGAACAUCGAAGCGGGUCGGUGGCUCUGUAAACAUGCAGAACCACUUCAAUGCGUGGGCUAGCAAGGGCAUGAAUCUAGGCACUCACGACUAUCAGAUUGUUGCAGUUGAGGGUUACUACAGUAGCGGCUCCGCUACCAUCUACGCCCAAACUUCUUGA